ACCGCUUGCUCUGGUACAAAAAACAGCUGGCGUUUUGAGUGCACUGCGGCUUUAAAGUUUAAACAAAUUAGUAAAUAAAAAGUUGCAUUUUUCGACCCAAACAAUAAAUGGCUUUUCAUUCCCUGUAACAAAGGCUAUUCAUCGAAAUGGAUUCCGCUCCGUGCUGCUUACUCUGCAUGUGCGAGUAUUCAGCCAUGAUGGGGGACUAUAUCGAGGUGCACUCACCGCGAGCCGUCCAACUGGAGGUGACCAGGAUCGUCAACCAGCAUUUUCCCUUCCAGAUCUCCAAGGAAAGUCACGAAAGGAUCUGCGGACGCUGCUGGAAAACUGUCUCUGACUUUCACACUUUGCAUGAAUUCGUUAGUGCAGCACAGAACUCCUUGCAGGAAACGAAAGUUCUGCUUAUGGAGGAUGAUCCUCUCACACAGGGAAUUUCAUCCUUCCCGGAAGUUUCAAAACUGCCAACCCAAGAGGAGGAAAGGGUGCAGGAGCCGGCGGAACUUGCCGGGCGCAACUUCUUCUACCCGGAGAUCAAGAUAGAGGAACACGAGCUGGACCAUUUACCCCGCAUUGAGAUAUUGGAAAGCACAACCAGCACACAAGUUACUCAAGACCAGUUGGAAGGUACAGCCAGACGUUUGAGAAAGCGUUUAAAGGCAGAGGAAGCACCUUCUGGGGACAAGGAAAAGGACGAAGAGGUUGACGAAGCCCUUUUAGAGCCUGCGCCGCCCAAAAAGCGUCGCGGUCGUCCCCGCAAAUCGGACACCGCAACUGCCAUUCUUCCGAAACCAAAAGAAGACAUCCCAAUGGAGCUUAAGGCAGAAGAGCUUGACGAACUCAUGGACGAGACCACGGAUCCCGACUUCUCGUGCAACCUUGAAGAUGGCCUGGUGCCCAGCGAUAAUUCCUCCGAAGACAACUAUGGAGGCAGUGACGGCUUCGAUUCAGACUCGGACUUCGAGCUGGAAAAACCCGGAAAACAGGAGUUUGCCGUGCUGCCAAAGAGAACAGUGGUGCGACCUAAAAAGUACAAGAAGCGGACGAAACCGGCGGAGCCGAAAGUGCGCAUGUCCCGUGAACUGCUAGAGCAGCGCAAGAAACAACAGGAGGAGUACGAUGUCAUAAUUGCAAAGUUCUUCACCAGCGUGCUACCAUGUGCCAUCUGCAAUCUGCUGGUGCACAACUUUACCGAGAUGCAACGCCACCACCGACUGACCCACCAGGUGGAUCCCGGCUACAUGAUGUGCUGUGGCCGCAAGUUUACGCAGCGCAAAGUGCUGGCCGAACAUGUCCUCGUCCACUGGAACCCGGACCACUUUAAGUGCAGCGUGUGCGAGAAGUCAUUCCAGAACUCACGGCACCUGGAGUCACAUCAGCAGGUGCACUUGGACCCGGCCAUUAAGCUGACCUUCAGUUGCGAUCUGUGCUCGAAAACGUUCCUCAGUAAGACCGCCAUCGACUACCACAAACUGAACAAGCAUGUGCCCAAGUCGGAGUUCAAAUUCACCUGUUCCGAGUGCAAUAAGAAAUUCCUUACCGAGCGCAAGCUAAAGAACCACAUGAGUUCCAUGCAUGACCCGGAGAGCACCAUCAUCUGCGACAAGUGCGGCAAGCAGAUGCGCACCAAGAUCAUCCUCAAGAAGCAUCAGGAGCUUAUGCACUCGGACAAACCGCGCCCGGAACCGGAGCUUAAACAGUGUCAGAUCUGCGGCGCCUGGCUGAAAGGCAUGACGGGUUUGAAACAGCAUAUGAAGAGUAUCCAUGUGGAAAGUGCGGGCGAGCAUCGCUGCCACAUCUGCGCAAAGGUGUCACCGAAUGCGAGGGCUCUGAGGCGUCACAUCUACCACAAUCACGAGUGUGAGCGCAAAUUUAAGUGCACCAUGUGCGAGAAGGCCUUUAAACGGCCACAAGAGCUUAAGGAACACACAUCCACGCACACUGGGGAAGUACUCUACACCUGCCCCAACUGCCCGAUGACGUUCUUCUGCAGCGCCAAUAUGUACAAGCAUCGCCAGCGAUUGCAUCGCGCCCAAUACGAGGCAGACAAGAAUCAGCCUAAGCCCCCGAAUAUCCUGAAGAUAUCGCGAAACGCCUCCUCGCAAAACAAGCCCAAACAGGAAAUCUAGCACUUGAUGAGAAUUAAUUAAAAUAUUUAAGGGUUUCACUUUUACAGAAUUCAAUCGAAAUUGUUUUAUAUUAUACAUCAUUACCACACAUAUACAAUUAUUUUUUUAAUUAUUUCACUCUUUAUAAUAUUUUGAGGCAAUGUAGUUCGAAUGAAAUCUGUAAAAGUCGAAGUCCAAAACGCGUUUGAUACCUUAGACGUAAGCAUAAAGUAAAGUAUUGAGUAAUAAAUGCGAACUGGACUCUGCUCCAAUCCAAUCAAUUGAUAACAAAACA